UAAGAAUAGUAUCAUUAUUAUUAUUAAUGUUAUUAUUAUAUCAUUUCUACAAACGAAAAGAAACAAAUCGAAUUAACAAGAUAAUUCGAUAGAAUAGAAAUAUAUUCCAGAUGAAAUUUCGUAAAAGCACGUCCAGGUCCAGUCCUAAAAUGGAAUUAUUGUCGAGACGAUCUACAACGAACGACGGCAAGAUGUCGACGUUGAAAAGAUCAAGAUCAUUUCGUGCUUCGGUUAAAUUAAUAUCGAAGAUUCGAAAUCGUGCGGCAUUCAAAUUUACCACGAGUAUCGAACAUUCGCCAAUGUCAUCGAAAGAUUAUUGUAAAACGACUCGAUCGUUUUCCUCGAAAGAUUCCAAUAAAAUACAACAAGAGGAAGUAGAAGAACAACAACAACGACAAGAAGAAUCAUCAAGGAUAUGUGUUAAUUCGAAAAAUAACGAAAAGAAAGAAAAGUCGAUUUGUAAUAAAAAAGGUACGAAAAAGUACGAGGACAUUUGUCAGGAGGAUGGUCGAACGUUGUCAGAAACUAAUUCGUCGAUCGGAGUAGUAGAAUCUUGCGGUAUUACGAAGGAUUUUGAGAAAAAGCUUUCUCUCGGGGAUAAGAUAAACGUGAAAAAUCGAAAAUGUCUAGAAAAAUCUUGCGAAAGAAGAAGAAGGAUCGAGGAAGAAACGAAAUCGCCAAAGGUCGUACGUAUUUUUCAUCGAAAAAUAAUAGCCGAUGAUAGAACAAAAAAGAGUAACGAUCAAGAAUCUAAGGUUAAGGAAAGGAUAGAAAGUGACAAACGCGGUUACGAAAAUCCGAUGUUCUCUUUGGACAGUUCCCUUGAUUCGAGCUUUGCUUCUGUUCAAACGUAUUUGAAAAACGAGGAACAUUUAACACGUGAAAAAUGUUUCGAACGUAUAAUAGAAAAAACUAAUAUCCGAGAUAAGGAAGAGGAGGAGGUGGAGGAGGAAGAUCAACAGCAACAGCAGCAACAGCAGCAAAGACUCUCUAUGUCGUUACUUUCUUGCAAAUCUGAUCUCAAGUAUGUUAGAAGUUUCAGUAUGAAAGAGGAAAGAAGUUUCGAUAGAGAUAAAAGUCCUGGAAAUAAAAGAAACGAUCGUCCAAGAACGAAUUUUUAUUCCGAAACCGAAAUCAAUAGUUCGCCGAGAUUGAGGGAUAAAUAUCUUUGUGAAUUUGUAUCGUCCGUUGAUGGUAGCACGGAAAGUGUUUGUUCGUCCAAAUCGUGCAAAAAUCGGACCGUAGAUAAUUUGACUAAUUUUUGGACUAAUGCUCGCGGUGGAAGUUUUCGAAGCAAGAUGUCUACAAGUAAAAAGAAACUUGGAAAGGAGUCGAAGGAUCUAGAAUCGAUCGGGCAGGAUCGAGUUCUCGUCACGACCACUUCCGGAUCAAAACUACAAUCGCUACAAGGGAUGGAGUUCUUGGAAGGGUUUGGAAAAAAGAAGCAACAGCCACAGCAACAACAUUCAAAUAAUCUAUCGUCGAUUCAUAUUAAUCCUCUCUCGGCCCAAUCCCUCAACAUACAUUUGCAUGCUCUUUUCGCAGCCGUCGAACAUGGUCAUUUGGAUAAGGCCAGAACUAUUUUGGAGUCGACCGAUGUUGACGUGAACAGUGUAAACAGCGACGGUUUAUCGCCAUUGGACGUCGCAGUACUCAGUAAUAACAGACCGUUGGCAAAAAUGUUGGUCACGUUCGGUGCUCAGGAAGGCAACCAAUUUAAGUCACCGGAGUCCUUGGGCAGUCAUUUGGCGUCGUUAUUGUUGGAAGCAGAACACAGAGUCCAAGAACUCGGUGGCAGCACUUCCGGCAGCGGUGGGAGUACUCUUUUGGAACCACCAAGCAGCCACAGAGCCAGUUUCUCGACGCAGCAUAAUAAUCUUACAGGAUGCGGAGGUAGCACUGAGGACAAGCAACUGGCCCUCUGGGAGAGGAGAGCACGAGCACUAAGAAAGAUGUUACUAGGUUUUGAUCAAGCAAGACCACCGGACAUGCCUUUCAUGGUCGCAAUCGAUGUUACCGGAACGACCUCCGUGACAGUUAGAUUUCAAGAACCAGAUUCACAUGAUUCUCCAAUUUGUACGAAAUUCAAGGUUCAAUGGAGUCUCAAAGAGGAUUUUUCUACAAUAUGCGGGGAUAGAGAGGUUUUGGAUAUGAAGCAAAGGGAAUGUCGUAUCGACGAGCUUAUACAAGGACAAAAAUAUUAUUUCCGCGCGGCAGCUGGAAAUUUAAAAGGCUAUAGCAGAUUUAGAAAUUCAACUCCCGCUUAUGUCACUCCUAGUAGUUGGAGAGACAUUGAUGGCAGGGUACCAAGAUUUGCAGGGCGUUUAGAACAAUUGAACACCCUCUUUACCGAUAUCAGACGUCCGGAAUACACACACGAGACACCAGCAGUUCAAAGACGCAAUCAUAAGAAGAAAACAACGAUAAAACAACUCUUCACCGCGACUAGCAAAUUUCAAAAAAAUUUGCGGCGUGGCGUGUUCUUUGCUUGUUUGCUUUAUCACGAGGAUAAGGUGCUCGUAACCAAUGAAGACUUUUUACCUGUAAUCGAGGUCGAUGAAACCUAUCCUAGUUCUAUCUAUAACGAUUUCCACUGGCUCAUGAAAGUCGCAUGCACGUGGGACGACGUCAAGACUCUACGCCAAGAUAUGGAAAAAAGUCACAGCAGUUCAACCAAUCACUUUAGGAUAAAAUUGCUCCAAGCUGCUGCACAAAUGCAGGCCGCAUUGUGUACGCAAAAUCUUGGACAGUUAUAUCAUAAACCGAUCAGAGACAUACAAGGAACCCUUGUAUUUUCGACAGUUAAUUAUGUAAAAUCACCAAAACUCGUGUCAGUCUUAAAUAGUAGGUGGCUUCCUUUGAGUAAAGUAACUAAAAAAAUAAUAACUCAUGAAGACAGCAACGUGGCGGAUAUUUUGAUGGCCAGUAUACAAGAACAAAUGACAUAUCACCAAGUCAGUAGUAUCAAAUUAUCAAAGGGUUUAUAUCUUGGUUAUUUGAAAAUGCAAAGUAGCGUGGAUCUUAUACAAGUGGUUGUACCGGCUAAAUCACCUAACGUCUUACCACAUUGUAAAAUACGUGACAACUCUCAUGUAUCUGCGGAAGAAUGGGAUUAUUUGAAAAGGAUAACUCGUAUUUAUGCGUCCGAUAAUUCUGUUAAAGAUUCAGAGGAAAAAGAAAAUGUAACGAAUGAAUGUCAGGGUACAGAACAGCAAAAAUUAUUCGUUGAUUUGGUUUCCGCAACGGCACGUCGUCUCUUUAAUUAUAUGGAAAUAAGUCCAGAGGAUUCUUUAUUAUAUCGUCUUUACGAUGCUGAAGUAAUCGAUCUCACGCACGAUGUAUCAUUCCUAAUUGCCGUACCUCCUGCAGAAAUAGCUUGUUGCGUACCUGGAACUAGAGAAAUUCUUUUACAAAGAGGAGACUUACUAUCUUUACCUAUUCAAGUAUUCGAAAUGGUUCACUUAAAUACAUACCAAAAGGAUGUAAUUAAUCGAUAUUCAAGAUUAAGCUGUAUAUUGGAAUUAGACACCGCACAAGCUCAACAUAAUCAUAGGGAAGCUUUCAGCUCUUUAGAACUAAGUGUAGCAAAAGAUAAACUUGCGAGAUUACAAGAUAUACAAUCUCAAGUAAACACAGUAUGGAAGGGUGCUAGAUGGCUUAUCGACGUCAUCACUUUUGCAAGAGACCGUGGAUCCGGACAACAAAGCGGUACACCACAGACUGUUGGUAUAUCCAUGAAGCAUCUAUUAGGUUUAGACAGAAAUAAAAGCAACAGCAAUAGUUUAAAAAGAAGUCUUCUUCAGUUGCCACCUCGAGAUCCUAAACUCGUGAAAUCGAGUCCAGGACGUGGAAGUUGGCCAGGUCCAAAUGUUACGAAUUCUUCUUCCAAUUUACUUACAACGGAAUUCAGCAAAAGUGAACAACAAUUACCUAGUGGUCAAUACGUGUGCAAGUGUAGUCACGUUUCAACUAAGUCAGAACCUCAAAUAUCAUCCGUACCUACAAAUGUACGACUUCCACCUUCGAAAUCUGAGGACACUUUAUUACUUACCAAAUACAAACAUAGCCCUAGAAAUCGUUCGGCCACCAUCACUUCUGCGUCGGCAAGUACCAGUCCAUUACUUAAUAUAAAACCGAUUCUCUAUGGUGGAUCGCUUUUAAGCGUAUCAACAGCUAUGACCAACACCAACACGAGUCUUCUCAGUGUUAGUAACACGAAUUCCGACAGUCUUCAUUCCCUAAGCAGCGAUGAAUAUUCAACGCCGAAUUCAAGUGUAUGCUUAAAACCAGGACAUAUAAAAGUCAAAACGACUAAAUCCACCGCUAGUAUAACAACCAUGGCUGUUUCAGUAGGAGAUAAUCAAUCGGAAGAAGAAAAGGAUGAAGCAACAAUGAUGCCAGCACCGCUACCUGGUAUUCUUCAGGUUUAUGCAGCCUAUGAAACUGGUUUGGCUUCUGGUACCAGUUUAAAAUUACAUGUAAAUCCACGAACCACAGCAAGAGAAGUUGUGGAUCUUGUUGUGAAGCAACUAAAUAUGGCAGUAGUCUUAAAGGGUCAAGAUGGGCCUAUCUACACAGUCGAUGAAUUACCAAAUUUUUGCCUAGUUGCUGUAAUUGGUGCGAGGGAACGUUGUUUAAGAGAUGAUUUUAAACCCCUUCAACUACAAAAUCCGUGGAAGAAGGGACGUUUGUAUGUCAGACAAAAGCAAGAUGUUCUUGCUGCUCUCGAACACAGUAGCAAGCAUACAGCCUAUUUAUAACAAACAUCUGAUUAAAAUAAUUAAAAUUCACAUGUGUAAUCUUUAGUUAAGAAAAUAUGACACAGUGAUAACUAUUAAUAUUAAAAUGAGAAUGUAAAGCCACAUAUUGUGGAUCGAAUGAAAAUCAUCAUAUGACCUAUAAAUCAAAAGUUUCAUUUUAUAGGGCUUGAUGUUUUUAAGGAUUGCUUUUACUAUUAGUAUUAAAAAUAAUUUAUUAUACAUAGUAAAAAAUAAUCAGGAUAAAACUUGAUUUUCUCUUUUCAUAUAAAAUCAACUAGCUUUAGUUAGAUUAUUAAGUGAUAUUUGACGUGGAAGGGCAUCGUAGAUCAUAUUCUAUAAUAUCCGUAAUAUGAAAGGUUUAUUGUUGUAAGUAAUUGCACUAGAUGACAGUGAACUCGAAUAAUUUUCUUUAUCUAGACUUGUACAUUCCAAGUUAUAAGACCGCGAUCUAAUGCGAUCUGUAAUAUUCCUCGAAUGUUAGUUAGUUUAUAAACAAAGUUAAUACUCAAAAUAUAUUAUAAACUAAUAUAUUUUAGGUACCGAUCUCAAUGUUUUGUCCGAUAUGCGCGUCAUUAGAAAUGUGUCAAAUAUUUCGGAGAUCUCAUCGUUCCUAAACCUAAUAGCUUUCAUGUUCAACUAAUAAAUUUACGUAAUUUUAAUAAAUUGCAACUAAAAAUUAAUUAAAUAUAACAUAACAAAAAAGAAAUGAUAAAAUGCCAAACUAAAUUUUAAAUAGCUAUUUAUUGAUCAAAUAUAACAACUAAAUAUAAUUAGCUUAUAUUUAGAGUAUUCAUUUUUUUUUUAAAUAUACUUUAUAAUUUGUUUUUGUUAUUUAUGAAAAAAUUUUUCAAACUGAUAAUAUACGUAAAGUUCCUAAAAUUUCUUAAUAUUAUCUGAAACAAAUAAAAAUAUUAUUGUACUGAGUUGGUUGCUGGGAACGAUAGAAAUAUCUCUACGAGAAAGUAAAAUCAAUAUCGGUGCUCACUUAACAAGAUGAUUUGCUUUUAGAGAGGAUGAUAAAAAUGGAAUGAAAGUUGUUUGCAAUUGAUAGUGCGUUUGUGACAAAGAGGCUUAUAGACUGUGCUAUAGAAUAGAAACAAAUUUUAUUAUUUUUAUUUCGAAUGCUAUUCUACGGUAAGAAGGAUAAAGUAUAGGCCAAUAAACAUAAGUAUGAAACUUAAUUUGUGUGUUUUAAGUAUAUCUGAUUUUUAAGUAAAUUAUAUACGAAGUUCUUAUUCUAAUGCUGUUAAUAAUCUUUACGAAAUUAAACAAGAAAUUUAUCCUAAUGAUGAAGUUUCGGUACAUUUUUCAAAAAAUAUUUCAAAUACGGAUGUGAAAUUCAAUAAAUAAUAAAAUUUUAAUAUAUAUCAAGACAUUGUAUUUAUAUCAGAAAUGGGAAUUCUUAUUUAUCUAAUUAUAAGCAAUUAUCACUUUAGAUUGUAUCUCAAGUGUAUAAUACAGUGCAAUUUCUUUUAAUUAUCUAUGCAAAACUUUAAAUUGAAUCUUUUCAAUUAUAUUUUCGUAAAAAGAUUAAUAUAUAUAUAAAUUAAUUUUUGUUUAUGAUACAUAUAAGUUCUCCCACUUCUGGUCUAUAAACCAUAUACAGUAAUACUCUGAUAACACAAUAUAACUGCACAAUAUUUGAGAAAUCGAAAAAUAACUUUUGCACACCUUCAUAUAUAUCAUAUUACUUCCUAUAUCAUUUUACAUUAUAGCGUUACUUUUAUUUUAAAAUUCUAAUGAUCGUACACACACACGCGCGCAAUUAUAUUUUAAAAAUAAAUAUUAAAUAUUAAUAAAAUCCGUCCUUUGCUUAUUGCAUAUCAUAUUUACUUAGAAAAUACCAUUUUGGAUGAUAAAUAUUUUUUAUUCAUUGUGCAGUAUAUAUUGUGCACACAGGGGCCACUUAUGUUUAACAAGAAUGUAUGAUGCACAUAUUUUUUUAUUGAAAAAAAAGAACAAAAAAUCUGAGAUUGUUACUAUCGCAUAGCUUAAGAAUGUUCCACAAAGAUGAAACAGUGAAAAUAAUUAAAACAGGAUGAUGCAAAACUUCAUUAGCUCUGAAUGUUUAUUGAUGUUUAAUGUAAAAAUAAGUAUUAAUAGAUAGAUGUUAAUUAUACACCGAGAGGAAGAGAUAAUGAAAAGAUAAAAAACUAUAUAAGCGACAAGAUGGAAGGAAAGAGAGGAAAACCAAAAAGUAUGUUAUGUCCAAAUAAGCUAUAAGAACAAAGGUUUUCCUUUAUUAUAAGGAAAUAGAAUUAUAAGGAAAUAGAAACAAGUAACUAAGGAUAUUAGACUUUGUAAAUAAAUUAGAUUACUGAACGACUAUGACGAUAGGAGAUGCAAACUAGCGAGAUUAUUUUAUCUGAAAGCGUAUAUUUAUCAUGAUAGCGCCUAAAAAAAAUAUGCGUAAGAUUAAAAGUACACGCAUAAACUGGUAGAUGAAAAGUAAGAAGAUCGCCCUCGUCCCUCGCACCAAAAAUAAAAAAAAACCUAUAAAAAUGAUAAGAUUUAAAAAAAGUUUGAAAGAAUGCGUAAACCAAUAAUAUUAUAAUGAAAUAUUUAAGUAAAUAACAAAUUCGAUGUUUGUAUAGGAAAUGUACUUUUUGGUUGUAACUAAAUUUUCUUUCACCCCCUUUUUUUAUCUCUUUUUUGAUUUUUUUCUCUUACUUCUCUCCCCCUCCCCACCUCCCCCUUCAUUCGCAUUUCAGUCUCGACGACGGCAGUUUUGUGUAAUAAGGAAAAGAGCACGAAAAAAUGGAAAAAAUAAAAAAAGAAUAAAAUGUA